AUGAAAGCUACCUUUGAGGCCAUAGUUGCCAGCGAUAUUUUCCUUCAACUGCCAUCUGACACUGUCCUCUCCCUGCUGGAGGCAGAUGACCUUCAAGUGAACAGCGAAGAAACCGUCCUCAAGGCGAUUGGAAGAUGGGUCAGUCCACUCGGUGAAGUGGAUGAAACACGAUUGGGGCACGCAGAAACGAUGAUGAAGGAAGUACGGUGGUAUCAAAUUGAUAGGGCUAUGUCGCUGACCCGGUACGAUGCUGACACAAAAACAUCGCAAAAAUUAACGGACGUAAGGGCUGGCUUGGACGCGGCCUUUGUCGUCAUUAAGGGUAAGUAUCGGUUACUCUCACUUUUGGCAACCAUAUUAGUGCUUCAAUUAUUUUGA